GACCAAUUCGCUGACAACAGAUGCGCUGACUGCCGGGUCUGUGCAUCAUGAGUUUGUCUCCUACGCUAUCUACGACCAAGAUUCAUCAGAGCAAGGCCAGGAUACUGACGUUGACGGUGCUGGCGUAAAUUCGACUGUGUCUGGGGUAACUGGUAGCAGGCAUAUAUCUACUACGUACGGAAACUCUCGUGAAGAAAACUCGAAUAACAUUAACGCAAACACGGAAUCAAACUUGAAUUCAAACACGAUUGCGGAGCUGGGUAUCACUACCACAAACGCAACGACGGCGGGGCAUAGUAGGGCAGGAGGACAUCAUCGCACGAUGACGACGAACCCGUCGCAUAUCCUCAUCGCGCGCGGGUCGCGAGGACACAACCCUAGUGCGGCGCUUAGCUCUCCUACAGAGACGCACGCUGCUGCGUCUGGAAUAUUUCGAAAUGGACGGGGCCGCCAACAUAGACUCCAUAGCCACGGAAGUGCACAUGGAACGGGGACGCUGAGCGGCCAGUGGGUGAUUGAAGAGUCUGAGGCGGACAGUGAGCAGGAGAGUGAGGACAGUGAUGUGCCGUUUGAGGAUGUGGAGCUUGAUCUUACGUUUACUCGUGAGGGACGGUUCCCUGGGACUGUUAAGAUUGUUGUGGAGGGGACGACGUUCUGGGCACACCGAGAAAUCCUUGUCUUUGCUUCACCAUUCUUCGAAGCAGCACUCAGCGGCGACUGGUCCGAGACGCGUGUCGACGAAGGCGCCAGCAUAACGAGUGGCGCCGCACGUCGUCAGUCGAUCGCCUCAUCCGUCAUCACCAUCCCACAACCUCCCUCUAACCCCCGCGAUGCGUCAAAGGACGUGCCGACGGGCAUAUCACACGUCGCCUCUGACCCCGAUACGAGUCCUGAAGACGCCGACAUCGAUGACCUCAAAAAUGAGCUUGAAGCUCUAAACACACGGACGGGCACAAGCGGAGAGACGAGUGAUGUAGAGAAGGAUAAGGUGCGAGAUGAGAGUUUGAACCAGCUCGAGGGGAAAGCAGGCCCGCUGCCGAGUAGUGCAAAUGCAAAUGCGAAUAUUGCGCGUGUGAAGAGGAAGAAGUCGGCAACUGGUGCGGAGGCGAAGAUCGUGUUGAAGGAGGAGAAGGCCAGCGUCUUCCAUGAUUUCCUCAAGUUUGUUUAUCCUCAUCUUGAAUGUUCGAUCACUUGGAACAAUGUCGAGGGUCUCAUGAACAUCUCAUCAAAACUGUGUGUCCCGGCAUUGACGAAGCAGUGCUUGACAUUCCUCCUCACGCAUGCAGCUGGGAAACCUAUCAAGGCGAUGCGUAUUGCGGAGUUGUUUGAGGAAGAGCAUUUGUAUCGCGAGUCCAGCCGAUUUGUGUUAGAUAACCCUGGCGGGUGGAGUGAGAGCGAGAUGAGCACGUUGAGCCAGGAGACGUUGCUUAAACUCGAGAAACGACGAAAUUGGUUCCUUGAGCGCGUCCUAAAACUAGGUCUCGUCAACGUAGCGAAGGAAUACCAAUGCUGCAACACCUGUCCCGACCCGCCAACAUGCGCUCGUCUUCUCGACGAACGCUGGCGUCAAGCAUACAACUCCUGCUUCCGCUUCGGACCAUGCCAACCUUCCAUGGUCUAUCGCUAUCUACGCGGUCUCGAAGGUGUCACUCCUCCACUCACACUUACGCAUCUGAAUUGUCAGAACAAUGCGAAGGCGUUUACUACCACUCUGUUCGAUCGCAUGUUCUCCUUAGGUGUACGAGGGAGCGGCAGUGGGGCUGACCCUGCUCCGUUGGGUGGGCGAGUCCCUGGUGUGCAAGGUCCUGCUGCUGGCCCGAGACGUCAUUUCUUGUAUUGUUCGCUCAAUCCCUGAUUUACGUUUACGCUCACUUUAUAAACCUCUCUGUUUCUCUCUGUUUCUCUCUUCGUGAAAAGUCCUGCUGUUACAAAUUAACUUGUAUCUGUCUGUUUGUCUACCUGCUUACUCAGGCCACUAAUUAUCGAAAUUGUUUU